AUGGUUUCUGCUCAACUGGCUUUCCAAUCCCCCUGCUCGUUCUCAAUUGGAGUAGGGAAAACUGUCAAAAGAAGAUAGGCGAGGUCUUUCCCUACACAGCAGUUAAGUGGUCGGACUGCAAGGAAGAAAGCAAGAAAUCGUCAAGGACAGGAAAAGAUAGGAGAUACGUACAUAAAUUAUGUAAAAGAAGAAGAAGAAAUCGGUAUUUUGGCGCUAGUGGCGACUCCAGCCAACCUCACAGAGGACCACAUAGCCAACCAGGGAGUGGACCACCCAACCACCCACGCGAAGCACUACAUAGCCAGCCAGGAAGAGGACUACACGGCCGACACGCGAAGGACCACAUAGUCAUCGAAGCUGCACACCAACUAUAG